UAAAAAAAUAGAGCAAAAUCUCCCAUGUUUCCUUCCUCUCGCGUUGGCUUCUCUUUCUCUUCCUCUCAACGGAGGAGAAAUCCGGCAUUGGAUCAAUUUCUCUCUCAAAUCGCCGACGCCGACUCUGACGCUGGAGAGGAACGGGCGAACGUGGAGAGAGAGAGGGUAGGACGGAAACCCAGAAACCGAAGUUGUUUUGGUUCGAAGAAGCGACAAAGAAUGCCGGCACAGAAGCGUCACUCGUCGUCGGAGAAUUUUCUCCACGAUGAGGACUCUCUGCAGCAGCACUGCCGCCGGAACAAGCAAUCGCGGCGAGAAAAGGGCACUGAAGAGGAUGCAGGUGGAGACCACGAAGAAGAGGAAGAAGACGAGGACGAGGAAGAGGAAGUGAAAGAAGAGCCAAAAGACCAAGACCCAGAUGGAGAGGAUUCCGAUGGAAGCCGUUCGUCUGACGACCCUGCGAAACUACCCGAAUGGAUACUUGUUGAACUACCAGCCCUUCGUACCUAUGUGCAAUGUCCGAUAUGCUUAGGGAUCAUUAAGAAAACAAGGACUGUGAUGGAAUGCUUGCACCGCUUUUGCAGGGAGUGCAUUGACAAAUCAAUGCGUUUGGGUAAUAACGAGUGUCCUGCUUGCCGCACACAUUGCGCCAGUCGGCGUUCUCUGAGAGAUGAUCCGCGAUUUGAUUCCUUGAUUGAGAUUCUAUAUGAAGAUAUUGAGAAAUAUGAGGAGGAGGAACUUGCUUUCCAUGAAGAUGAGAAGAAUCGCAAUAAGCAGAUUCAAGCAUCGAUUGCCCAAAUUCUUCGACGACAAUCUGAAGCACUGGUAACAAGGAGCAAAAAGCGUAAAGAUAAACCAUUACCAAUCAAUUAUCGAAGGAGAAGAAGAAUAACCAGGGGAACAGAACAUGAAGGAUCUGAAGACAAUGAGGAUGAGAAUAAUCAUGAUGGAAAUAAGGAUUCUUCUUCAAAUGAUGAACGGGGUACAGAAAUCAAGCAUAGGAGGUACAGGAGGAGGACAGGAGGUCAGUCCUCCCAGCCUUCUCCAUCAGCUGCAACUUCAGAAGGUGGAGGUGUCGACGUUGAUUUAGAAGCAAGUAGAGAAAGCAGGGGUACUUCCUCUGGGCCUGUUCGGAACCCAGAAAUGCUUGCUUGGGGUGGAGGUGGUGCUAGGAGCAAGAGUGUCCGGAACACCCGAAUAAUGAAGCUAGCUAAGUACCUUGAAAACCUGAAGGAGAAUGAUGACAAGCUAGAUGUCCAUCUUAUGCUCAUUUCCUUGGACCAACAACGAAUGCCAGGUGUGCAGCAGCUACACCUCUAUUGCUCGCCACUGUUUUCUGUUGAACACCUUAAAGAAUAUGUUGCCAAUAAGACACAAUUGCCAGCUGGAGAUAUUGAGAUACUACAAAUCAAGAAGCAACCUGGUACUACUACUGGUCUGCAGUACACACUGGACCCUUCAACCGUUAUGGAAAACAAAGUAGAGUACCAAACUUUGGGAGGGCAAGAGACUUUGGCAGCUCUCAAAGCUGACUGUGCUUUAAGUGGGAACUAUUUGGUUCUAGGAUAUAGGCUAAAGGAUUAAGAAACUGCGCGUAAAGCCUGCUGGUGGCCUUGAGAAAUUGCCCGACUGUUUGGAAAACAAGGUUGAUGUAAAUUUGAUGCUGCUGAUGGGAUGCCUCGGCCAUUUUCAGGCCUGAUGAAAAGCUGCUAUUUUGUUCUGUGUGUUGGAUGUCAAAAAUUAUGCUGGGUUUCAGUAACAUGACUCUGGGUUAUGAACUCCUGCAACUACAAAUAGGUAUUGUUGUUUGUGUCAUUGUGUGCAGUCUUCUGAUACUCCCUAUAGAGUUCUUUCUGUGGAUCCUUUGAGUUUCUUUGGAAAAUAGACGAUGCUAGUUUUUUAACUAGAAAUGCUCUCAAAUGAGUCUUGCCAACUUUGUUUUAUUAGAAUUGAAACGUGUUUAAUCUUUGUUCUGGUAAUAUUUGAGGUGGUAGUUUAGAUGGUGAUAAGUUGAAUA